AUGGUUACAUAUGAGUAUGAGAAAUGUGUCCAUUUUGAGGAUGGUUUGAGGGAUAGUCUGAGUGUUUUUAUUGCUCCACCGAAGGAGCAAGAGUUUGCAGUUCUUGUGGAUAAGGCGAACAUCGUCGAAGAGGUUAAGCGCGUUGAGCGCCAAAAUAGAGACCGAGAGAGAGGAAAGAAUAAGAGGGAUUCAGAGCCCUCUAGUACUGUUCAGAGGCCUAAGGAAUGGGCCAAACCUGAUGGCCCUGUUAGAGUGGGGGUUCUUGUCACUUCGACUGGGAUUCAGCCUUGUGGUGACUGUGGUAGGCGCCAUCCGGGUGAGUGUUAUAGGAAAUUAGGGGCUUGUCUACAGUGUAGGUAUUUGGAGCAUUGGAUUAGAGAGCAUCCAAAUCGUGCUGAUCAGAUGCAAGCUUCAAGACCGAGUUCUAGUGCACCGGGCAAAGGUGCUAGUCAGACUGAGGCGAGGCAGCCUGCACUGGUUUAUGUUGCUCGAUGCCAACAGGACAGAGACGCCCUUGAUGUGAUCACGGGUACGUUCUUUAUUUGUGAUGUUCCAUAUACUACUCUAAUAGACAUAACUUCUACUCAUUCCUAUGUAGCUAGUACUGUUUCCAAGAACUUGGGGAUUUCUGUUAAGUGGAUCGUGUGUCUGGAAAAUCUGGUGGAGAUACCGUUUGGGGAGUUCAACUUGAUCCUGGGUAUGGGCUGGUUAGUUGAACACCGAGUUAGUCUGGACUGUGCGACUAAGAGGAUUGUUCUGCGGACUGUGGGUGAUAAGGAAAUAGUAGUGAUCAGUGAGCGUCGAGAUUAUAUGUCUAAUUUGAUCUCCGCUUUAGUGGCUGAGACAUUGGUGCGAAAAGGGUGUAAGGCAUUUGUGGCCUACGUAAGUGUUUCGGUUUCUCGGGACUCUUCUGCCAAGGAUAUCAGAACCGUGAGGGAAUUUUUGAAUAGUUUUCUUGAGGAGUUACUGGGUUUACCUCUGAAUCGGGAAGUUUAG